AUCAAUCACCCAACUGUUAAAUGAGCUUGUGUUCAUUAAAAACGAUGGGGUUUCGUUUCGCUGGUAGUAAUUACAACCAAACAAAUUCGAGCAACAUGAUCAAACUUUCGAAAUGGCAAGGAUAAACUUUUUGGGCCGUAUAACAGACAAGACCCGAAAAAAGUAAUUAAGGGCGGAAAAAACGGGAAAAGUGUAUGCUCUAGGAGUGCAGCUGAGUGGCCAUGUGUUGAAGCAGAUGGGGAGGAUGUUGAACCAGAACAACUUCGGAGACAUCGCCGAGGACUUCAAGUACUGGAACGACAUGUCCGACCGACACAAGCCAGAUGGAAGCUUCUGUCCAUUGUGGACCUUCCAGUGUGACAGCGAGGCACAGGCGCUGAAGAGGGAGCAUCUUCAGGUGACCUCUAUCUCGAUGGGGGAGAAGUACAAUGACCUGUUCGCAGUGGGGUUAGGGUCACUCCAGUUCGGCCACUCCAGUCAGGGCAAGGCACUCGUCUACAGCUUCAAGAACCUGCUGGAGCCGGAGUUUGAGUGUGUGACAAGGAGUGGGGUGUUGCGAGUCCGAUUUAGUCCCCUCCCCUCACACCCACAACUGCUGGCCUUCAGCUGCUACGACGGAGUGGUCGGAAUAUGCGAUCUGGCCCGGAAGACGAGGAUAAUGACGGACUACGAGACGGAGGGCAGACACAUUGGGCCGGUGUGGGACAUGGCCUGGAACGAGACUGCCAAUCUGGAGGUGGAGCAGCCCAAUGUCAUCUCAGUCGGGAGUGACGGCAGGAUUGUGUUGUGGAGUGUGACCACUUUGAACCAACUGGUCAACACUGAUCUCUUACAGCUCAAGUCUAACUACUCCACCACUAGAGCUAAGUCUGACUUUGGAAUCCGACCAUCCCUAACGGGAGAGGAUCCGACAGAUUAUGAAGUGUUACACGACAAGGCCAAGGCCAUCGAGUUCCAGCCCAUUCCCGACCAGAACAACCCGGCUAAGAGACACGAGGCCUCUUCCAGUGCGGGGGACGAGGAAGGGGCUAAGGCGAAACACAGCGGGAACUUCCUAGUGGCGACAGAGCAGGGGUGGAUCUACAUGUGUAAUGCUAGACACCGCAACCGCAUCAACAGUGGCAAAUGGAAGGCACAUGUCUCCUCAGUGGAUGGCAUGAGUUUCAACCCCUUCGACGCCCACAUCCUCCUCACAGUGGGGGGAGACUGGAGUGUGAAGGUGUGGAAACUGCACACUAUCAGACUCUGUCCCCUCCCCUCCAUCACCAUCCACAUGACCACUUCCGCCAGGGACGCGGUGUGGACUUCGUACUCGUCCACGUGUUUCACGGCUGUCACUCACGACAGACACAUUCUGUUCUACAACCUGGCCGAGUCCAGAUCCCACCCUGUCAAGACUCAGGCGGUGGUGGGGAAGAGGAGCCACACUACCAGAGUACUGCUGAGUCACAAGGACCCAGUGGCGCUGGUCGGGGACUCCAAGGGGGAGGUGUCGGUGUUGAAGUUAUCCCCCAAUCUGAGGAAGCAGUGGGUGUGUGACAAUCUGGUGAAGAAGAAGAGUGCAGCUGACAAAGAGAGGGAGAAGGCCAAUCUGGAAAAUGAGAAGGCGGUGCAGCAAGAGAAGUUCGACAACGAGAAGAAACUGCUCGUUAAAGUGCUCGCUUUAGACGAGAACUAUUCGGUCCACGAAGCCGAAGAGAAAGGAGUUGUUCUGCCCGAGAGACGAAGACGGCGAUCAUCCACUGGGACGAGACGAGAGUCCAAAGCGGGUCUGUUCGUAGGCCGAAGACGCAGUAAGUCGAAGUCCAUAUCGCAGAGAAGGAGAUCCACAAGUGUGAGCAAGAGAAGUCAAAGGGCCAGUUCAAUUAGCCGACAACUUAUUAGGAGUAAAUUGAAAUCGGUCGAAAGUCUGAAACAGUGAAUUUGAAGUCAUGAAACUCAAUGAGACUAUGGUUAAUAUGUUUUUUGGUAGCACAAUUAUUGUCAAUCAAAUCAUAUUUGGCAUCAAAAACUGUUGGUUUUUGUGCCUUUAAAUCAACAAGUCGCUUGCCAAUAUUA